UUUCUUUUAACUGGUACAAUUGACUAUUUCUGAUAUUUCAGCUGAUUUUAAAGUUAAUUAAGGUUUAAGAAAUAGUUUUAAAGAUUCCACGAUAUUUGAUAUCAAAAUUUUAUUUCUGAACUAAAGGAAUAUAAGUAUUUGACAUUUUCUGCCUUUUUUUCUCCUUAAAUAACUCAUUUUUUCAUUUUCUCAGCUUUUAUUUUUUUAUAAUUUUUGUUCAUCCUUUAUCCCUCAUCUAUUCUUUGUGCUAACAUAACUCAAAAACACUACCACUGCUAUUAUAAAGGAGCCUAUUGGUAAUUUUAUAUAUAUCUAUAUCCUUUCUCGUUUUGUUAAUUGAUAAAUUGAUAUAGAAUGGGGCUUCUCAAUUUAAGAAUAAAAACCAAAAGAAGGAGUGUAUUAGAUAGCAAUACUUCGUCAUCUAAUGCUACUACAAUCUCUGAAAGUACACUUUCCUCCAUUGAUUCUUAUAAGCAAAAACAAGUCUUGGAUCUUACAGAUGAAAAGUUUGAUGGGAAAUUGGCAAUGGUGGAUGGUCAAAUAUACAGAAUGAGAGCUAAACCAAGUGCAAGAACUGAAAUGAAAAAAAACAAAUAUCCUGACAAAGCAACCUUUCCAAUCACAAGAAGUAAAACCAAAAAAUUAAUUAAAGAAGGCAUUAUCGAUUGGAGAUGUUGUCGAUGUGAUGUUGAUAAUAAAUUUGAAAUGAGUGAUGAUAUCGACAAAGAAGAUUUGUCAAGACCAUUUUUCCAAUGGUGUGACAGUUUUUGUAUCUCAUGUUUUCAUAACUUUUGCGAGGAUUGUAUUGAGAGAAGAUAAACACAAGUGAAAUAUAUUAUUGAAAUAAAAUAAAACUACAACUACAAAUAUUAACAAGAUUAAACAUUUUUGAUAAUAAUAAUAAUAAUGAACAGUCUUUAUCGGCCCAAUAUUGAAUUCUUACUUUCUUCUCUCACAAUCCAUUUAUUCUAUUUGUUUUUUCUAUUCUUGGUUAUUCUUCCUUGGUGAUGCUGUUUAUAUCUAUUUAAUGUCUUAUAUUUCUGCUUUUUUAUUUUUAUUUUUUUUCUUUCUUCAAUUCAUUCCGGUUUAUUAUUUUUUAUUCUAUACUUGC